AUGACUACUAAACAUACUGAAGUUGUCAUUCACGAUGACGAUAAGCCCGUCAUCGAACAAAUCGAUAAUAUCGAUACUGAACUUCCGCCUCAUCCAGAUCUCGAGGAUGGAAAUCCCAAUAAAAAGAAGAAAACGGCGAACAACCAAUUGGACGAAGCUCAAGAGAUCCUGGCUAGAUCAGGACAUGUCGAAUAUACUCAAGAGGACAAUAAGAGGGUUCUGAGGAAGAUUGAUAUUUUCGUUUGUAUACCUAUGUGCAUUGUAUACUGUAUUCAACAGCUUGAUAAAGGUGCUGUGGCACAGGGAGCGGUUUUCGAUCUUAGGGAGGCGACUGGUUUGAAAGGCUCGCAAUAUAGUUGGCUCAACUCCAUCGUAUACAUCUCACAAUUGGUCUGUCAACCGCUCUCGAGUUAUGCGCUAGUCGUUUUCCCUGUCAAAUAUUGGGUCAUGUUCAAUUUCAUCUCCUGGUCAAUCGUUACCAUCUGCAGUGCUGCCGCAAAAAGUUUCGCUGGUCUGAUGGUAGCUCGUUUAUUGCUGGGUGCAUUCGAAGCUACCAUUCUACCUUCUUUCGUUUUCAUCACUCAAAUGUGGUGGACUCGAAGAGAACAAUCUUACAGAACUGUCGCCUACCAAAUUGCCAAUUCGCUUGCUUCUCUUUUCGGACCAUUAUUGGCCUUUGGCGUAGGUCACGUCAAGAGUGGUAUCAAACCUUAUCAAGGGAUUUUCAUCUGCAUGGGUGGAUUAUCUUUAGCUAUGGUUCCUCUGGUAUGGUAUCUCCUACCCAACUCACCAACUACUGCCAAAUUCCUUCGAAAAGGUGAUGACCGUCUGAUCGCUCUCGAACGACUGAAAGAAAACCAAACUGGUACCAAGUCAUCUACCUGGAAGUGGAAUCAAGUUUGGGAAACUUACAGAGAUCCCAAGACUUAUAUGUGGGCGGCGAUGUAUCUUUGUACUGCCACACCUUCGGGUGGUAUAGGUAGUUUCUCGGGAUUGAUCUUAAAAGGAUUCAACUUUGAUUCUUUCCAGACUACACUCAUGCACAUGCCUACUGGGGUGAUUGGUAUCUUAACUCUCUGGAUCGGUAUCUGGUUUACCAACAAAUUUAAAGCUAGGUGGAUCGUCAUCUUGAUCAUCACUCUCGCUCCGAUAGCUGGAGCGACGGCCAUUUGUAGAUUACCUAGAGACAAUACUGCUGGAUUGAUGGCUUCUUUCUACAUCGCUUAUAUCCUGGCUGGUAUCCAACCUCUCUUGUACUCUUGGGCGAAUCUUAACGCUGCAGGAACGACCAAGCGAGUGGUAACGUUCUCUACUAUGUUCGUAUUCCAAUGUGCCGGAAACAUCAUUGGCCCUCAAGUAUAUUUCGAAAGGGAGGCGCCAUACUACUACACAGGUCUCUACGUCGACAUAGGCUGUUGGUCGGUCCUCGUCCUCUUGAUCAUCGCAAUGAGGAUCUACCUAGCUCAAUUGAACAAGAAACAAGCUUCCAAGAGAGCUGCCAUUGGUAUGCCAGCCGAAUUGAAAGAUAUGUCAAUUAUGACUAUCCAAGAAGCCGAGGUGUAUAAAAAGGAAUUAACAGAACAUAUGAAAGCCAAUGGGUUGGAUCAGGCGAAAUUGUACGAAAAUGCUUUUGACGAUAUGACCGAUUUCGAGAACCCUGAGUUUAUUUAUGUCUUGUAA